AAAGUGAGACAGAACGCGAAAAACAUUAGAUUUCAGGGAACGAAUGAGAAGUUAAUAAAUAACAUAAAUAUAAAUAACGAAAUCACAAACAAAUUUUCAAGAAUUUGGGGACUGCUGUUGCCUGAGUCUUUCUCUGAUCGCCUCUUGGGAGUUAAAUUUGAAUUGAUCGUAGUUUUAUGUUGAAUACGCGGCACAUGGAGGUUAAAGGCUCUAUUUCACUUUGGCACGGUAAAAGACUAUGGAGAGUGCAUCGCUCAUUAUCGCUACAAUAAACAGGGGGAAGAUGUAAAACCAAUAUCCUUGUCACGUUUCGUUAUUUAUGGAUGAUUCCUCAAGCAAUAUUGAGCAAUUCCUCUAUUAAAACCAAGAAUUAAAACACGCUAUUAGCUUUAUUUCUGCAAGCAGCACUAGACCCCGGUUGAUAACGAUCGGUACAAACAAUGUUCCAGUAGUAAUAGUUAUAACACAACACAGCGAAAACAACAAGAUGUUGUAACGAUUAAUUGCCCUGCCACAUUGGCGCUGGCUGACAGUCUGGCGAGAGGCAGGGUUCUAAAACGUGUUCUUAAUUGUGUUUUGGAGCGCGCGCGCGCGCAAGCAACUUGCGGCGAGCGCCGCCUGGGGAAUCGUUUUGUAUUUGUUAUGGUAAAACAUGGCGAGUGGAAUAUUGAAUUAGCUACGCAGCACCAUUGAAAUGUAAACUCAAUUUUCUCAAGCAAAAAUGUUUGCAAGAUUAUGCUGGGUACACGCUGUGCAAGACAAGGCUGCAGGUCAUUAUCAGGAGGUUGUUUUUUUUAAUGCACAAAACAAGUCCAAUUGGGGUACAGGUAGUGUGUGGUUGGGUCGAUUUUUUAACCGCGACCAAAUGGACCAAAAAGUCCCUUGUUUACCGGAAACAUCCGGCCGGACAUUUAAAACGCCAUCAACUGUUCAACAGACGAGCUUCACGAUCGGGAAUCGUGUUCCAAUUGGAACGACGAUCCGAUGUAAUCAACAGAAAUCGUUUACUUCUAUUACCGCCCAUUAUCCAUCCUUUCAGCCAUAACCUCCCCCCGAAAAUAAAGGUGCCAUUUUCGUAAUGCAUUUUAAAUUCCCAUUCCCUGUGCCACGUGUUUUGAAUGUUUUUGAAUAUUUUUUUUUAGGUUGAGUUGCGUUCGGGUGGGCUAAUUUAAUUCCAAAGCGAAACAGUAAACAAAUGAGCGAAAUCGAAUUGGUAAAAAUGUGUAUGUGUGUGUGUGUGUGUUAGAAAAAUUAUUUUCCACUUUGGCACUUCAUACACGCCCGCGUACUUUUCUCCAUUCCUCCUCACGGCCCUUUGCUGUACGUUUCAGAAAACAUAAUUCCAUUAUUACCCUGACUGGCCCGGCUCCCCUCCUGUUUCACUGUUUCCGCUAGCCACCGGCAAAAAAGGGAACUUAUCAUUCAUUCGUCGCGCCCUUCGAUCCUCUCCAUCACCACCAAUAAAGCUCCCCAAGAAGAAGAGGAGAAAAAAAAAUCAUUAUUAUGCGUCAACCGUGUCCCUUAAUCAAACGCGUUCGUCGCCAGGCCAGCGUGCACCCGACCGUGGCUGUCCCUUUCGCGUUAGUGUUGUUUCUCUAGUCAGACGACCCAGUCGGAUCUGAGGGUCGGAGGGUUUCGAGCACGCAUUUGCGUUGUAUCCGGGUUUGCCUGUGGGCGCCACUCACACUGCGUUUGCUGAUAGACAGUUUAUCUUUCUGCAACUUGCAAGUGCAGCAAAUCGGAAGUGUGGGUGUUCUUUGUACACAGAUAAGAAAGCAGGGCAACGAGCGGGAAGGGGGAGUCUGCGUGCGAUGCGUCAACACGGUGUUGUGCACCGAAGCCCACAGCGUAACCAGCAUUCUCCAAACCACCCGGAAGGAGCAUCGGCCGACGCGGGGCAGGCAACACCUGGCUGGUGGCAAGCGCUAGAUACGCGGAUUGCUGAUUGAUUGUACCAGCAGCUCGUCACGUUCGUCGCGCGCUUGAUGAAAUCGCGCACCGUUACACGCGGAACGAUAAGCGUUACAUGCUGACGCGGCGAGACCCAUUUCGGAUGAGCUGCGGAUGCACGGCCGGGUUCUAGCGAGCUACUGCAUCGGUUCCCUAUUGCUCAGACGUGUCACAUUCUUUUCCGUUGGCUCGUUGGAAAAAAAGAAAAUAACGCGCUCGAACGCAACCCGUCACCGUGUGGUCACACGCCCGAUUGGAGGGGUAGAAAGUUAGCACCCCUUAGCAGCGCAGUAGUAAUUGAUUGCGGUAACGGUAGAAUGCGGUCACCGGUGGGGUGGUGCUAAACGGCGGAACAAACUCGCCAGACGACCCCCGUGCAACCCCUGCGAGAACCGAUCGAGCCCCACAAGCACCAAGCAAACACAGACGAGCGGAGCGCUAGUUUUGCAUGGUAGACACGUUCUACCGGGAGCAGGGGAACCGAUGCCCGUGAUAGCUAGUGACCGUAGCAAUGGGCUCGGCACCUGACCCCGGGGGCCGACGGGACGACGGCGCACACCAUUAGACUUCCCCAUCCAGCGUCAACUUCUGCUGCUGUGCCCGGUUGUGCAUUGUAUCGCCUUUCCAGACCGAGAGCAACCAUCAGCAACAUCUCGCGAGCGAACCAUAUCGACGCUUUACCUCCUUCCCCCUUUUCUUCCUUCUCUUCUCUCCCUUCUACUCCCGCGGUCGCCAACGGAGCGCCGGCUACGUCAAUUUUGCCAAUAUAUCUUCCAACGCGCGGCGCUCAUCACUGGAGCGCUCUGCACGUGCCGGGCGGACCGGGGGAACCGAUACAGGCCGAAUUAAUUGCACAAACGCGUUCGUUCCUUUAGCUUUAACCUUUUAACUAUCUUAACUAACAGCGCUGAACUGAAACAAACAAAAAACUGAAGAGAAAAAAAAACAUAUCGCCUGCGAUCGCUUCCGGGACAAAAGCACGCUAAGGAAAUAUUCCGCAAGCAGUUGAAGAACGCGGUCACAAAGAAAAGCGACUAAUUAACGCCAAAACCCCGUUCGUUCGUUUGUUGACCGGGUAAGUGGCUAAUCUUUUAAAGCUGAUAAGCGCCAGAACGCCGCCGCUGUCACUAUUGUUUCGGACGCUGGUCCGGGUGCACGUUGACGAAAUCGGAACCCGCCGCUUGUCUACACACAAGCCCCGCGCACAUACGCGAGAACGGCGUGUUGAAUCUUAGCCUCCUAGGAGAAAUCGAAGCAACCGAAGCGUACUAGAGAAGGUAGACAUCAUGCGGUUAGUGUUGCGCAACCGCAAGCUCCCGUUGGCCGCCGUCGGCUGCCUGGUCGGGCUGGUGUUGCUCUGGAAAUGGGCGGACGUGCGAUCGAUGUGCUGGGGCGGCAGCAGCAGCAGUGCCCACAGUGCCGGUGUCAUGGUGCGAGAUGAACAGACGGCGGAAGGUGGAGGCAACUAUCGGUACCAUCGGAACAUGCCGCUAAUAUUUAUCGGCGGUGUGCCCCGUUCCGGUACCACGCUGAUGCGCGCCAUGCUAGAUGCCCAUCCGGAAGUACGCUGCGGUCAGGAAACGCGCGUCAUACCACGCAUCCUGCAGCUGCGCUCCCACUGGAUGAAGUCGGAGAAGGAAUCGGUCCGGCUGGUGGAGGCCGGCAUCACGAAGGAGGUGCUGAACGGGGCGAUCGCCCAGUUCUGUCUCGAGAUCAUUGCCAAGCACGGCGAUCCGGCCCCGCGGCUCUGCAACAAGGAUCCGCUCACGCUCAAGAUGGGCUCGUACGUGAUCGAGCUGUUCCCGGCGGCCAAGUUUCUGUUCAUGGUGCGGGACGGGCGGGCCACCGUGCACUCGAUCAUCUCGCGCAAGGUUACGAUCACCGGGUUCGAUCUGACCAGCUACCGGCAGUGCCUGACCAAGUGGAACCAGGCGAUCCAGACGAUGCACGAGCAGUGCAAGGAGAUUGGCAGCGACCGGUGCAUGAUGGUGUACUACGAGCAGCUGGUACUGCACCCGGAAGAGUGGAUGCGCAAGAUACUGCACUUUCUCGACAUUCCCUGGAACGACUCCGUGCUGCACCACGAGGAGUUCAUCAACAAGGAGAACGGGGUUGCACUGUCGAAGGUGGAACGGUCCUCCGAUCAGGUCAUUAAGCCCGUCAAUCUGGAGGCACUGUCCAAGUGGGUCGGCAAGAUACCGAGCGACGUGAUACGGGACAUGGCAGACAUUGCCCCGAUGCUGUCCGUGCUGGGCUACGACCCGUACUCCAACCCACCCGACUACGGGAAGCCCGAUUCGUACGUCCAGGAGAAUACUUACAAGGUCCGGUCCAAUCCACAGAUGUGGGAGCACCGGGCAAAGGAGUUGCUGAACCGGGACCCGCUCGCCGACAACGUGCCACCGAAGGCGAAGGAUACCGACGAGGACGACUACGGCGCUGGCAGCAAGGAUCGGAAAUCGUGAUGAAAUCGCUGUCGAUGCUGCUGCGAUAGCAAGUGAACCGUUUUUAACCGAUGUGCGGCGGCUCGAGUCGCUGCUAGCCGCUAAAACUCGGCCACAACAACAACAAAAACAGUGCAAUAGCGCCGAUGCGAUCUACACAAAAAGACUUUGGUGGUUUAUGUUUAUAGUUUUAGUUGACUGUGGGUGUAAGCACUGCAAUGUAUCUAUAUUUUGCAGCUUUAACUAAUUAGGGCCAUAGCAAUACAAUGGAAAAACUGAUAAAGCUGGCAACAGCAACACAAAAUUCCCCCGCAAAAUGAUGCAUUAGAAAACGCAACACCGACACGACUGUCGUUAUACGGCGGCUUGCUAGACCUCUUUUUUGUUUCUUUAUCCCACAACUGCGACCGUGCUCGAUCGCGCUAGUAUAAUAGAUACGUCCUGUGGAAGCCGGAGAGCCUACAUCCAGUGCAGAUUUGUAUGCGUGGUUUGUUAUGCAUGAGGAUGGACGUAAAGAAAUAGUGUCGAUCUAACCAGGGGAGUCAUCGCGCGUCGUGCAAUCGCAGGUGAAACCUUUUAUAGUCAAAAAAAUAUCCCUCCGCCCACGCCCGUGAGCAAUGGAAGUGACUGGUAGCGUAGCAUAGAGCUCUGGGAGAUGGGACAGCAACAACGAGUGUACUUGCGUACAGUAGUGUAGUUAAUGUAAACAGGAUUGACGGCAUAGCCCGGCGGCCCAGCACGGCGUGCUCUGCUGUGAGCGGGCCAAAGAAGAAGGGAGGGAAUUUAUUAUGAUAUGAAAUAUAGCUGUGCUCGUGGGGCGGUUUUGUAACAACUGCGAACACGUCGCAGUUUAUCAACUAACUUUUAAUAGCAAGCCAAGAACUGUAAUAAUGCUAGACAAGCUGAUUUACUGCAGCACAUUAGCCACGUAAGGUUAAGGGUAAUUGGGACGAUAGGACGAGGUAUGUGAAAAUUACAAGAGUAGCAAAUAUCGACGAAUGCACUAUGAAUGGAUGCAUGAGUUCGUUUACCUAAAAAAAAAACAAACAAACAAACCCAGUUCCUUGUAAGACUCGGACGCUUCAUCACAGAACACAGCGAGACAGCUUUUUCUCUGCCACCUUUUCCCCACCUCCCCCGGAAGUAAAAAAACACGCAAUCGCAAUAUGCAAACGUACAACGCAAAACAAUAACGAUAACUACAGUUAGUAAAUACGCACAAACACAACUUAUAUAUCUUACUGAAUAUAUACAUCGUUCAUGUACAAACUGCAUGUAAAAAAAUAGACAUAUACACAUACAUAACGCAGGAGAGACAAAAAUUAUGCGUACGGCGGUUGAUCUUUGAGAUGGGGCAGCCGAUAGGUUUAAAGUAACACAUACACAUAUAUAAGAUUUUUAGCGUACAUCCCACAAACCAGGGACGGGGAGAGCCAAUUCAACGCAACACAUCAGAACAUGCAAUAGAAACUAGGGUAAAUGCGACGGUAUUAGUACGGUGCAGGUCGUUCAGGCCAGCUUCGGCCACAAUCGGCUCCUAGCUGUAAGGACACCUUAAUGUGCGCACAUCCCUUACGGUACCGGGGGGAAUAACGGAUGCUGGGCGAAUAGAAAUCAUUACAGCGCGACCCUCAUAAACACAAACAAGCAAACAGAAAAUGCUGUAUGCGCAAUCUUAAUUACUGAACAGACAUACAACAGAAAAGGAAGAAGAAGAAGAAAAAACGCUUAACGCCUUGGAUGCGGCUAGACACUACUUUGUACAUUACUACGUCUGUGUAUGUGUGUAUUUGUUAAAUAUUCUUUUAAACCCUCGAUGUCAACCAUGCGGCCAUGGCGUUAUGAUCCAUGGCCGUUGGCUAAUGCAAACACAACAAACAAAUAAUAAUACAUUUUGAAAAGAAAAAAAAACACAUGAAGUGUAACUAUUUAUUUGUGCAGUUUCUUUGCGGAAGUGUUAUGGAACAGGAUGAAACUUACUUUCAAAAAGAUUUUGGUGCUUCGAUUCUUCGACAUUAUCUAGAGAGCCAACAAAGCGAUUCGUAUGCAGUCACGUGCAGAAUCCGUUUGAGAGCGUUUUGAGAGCUUUGUUUUGUUAUGUUUCAGCUUCAAUUAAGUCUAUGAGUUACAAAGUAAAGAAGACCAUUUAGUGAUCGAGUAGAGGUGAAUAUUAAUGUUUUAGUUCCUACUUAUCAUCCACAUAUUUUUUAUCAAAUUGUGGCGUCGUUCUAUACAUCAAAAGUAAGAAUGCUGCAUUUCUCAAUUAUUUAUACUAACAUCACAUUUAAUAUCUAUUUUGAUGGGGAAUGAAUAUGCUCAAAGUAAAAUUUUGUAGAAACGUAACAUAGGUCUCAAAUGUAUACGCGCGCGUACUAGAGGACAAUCGGAAUUUACUGUCUGCACAUGGUUUGGGAAGUCACAUCAGGAUUUAAUCAUUGAUGAUUGUAAGUAGCCAAUAAAGAUAAAUUAGGUUCACUUGCUUCGGAAGGCACUGUCCUGGAGCCAGGCGAUGGUACCAUUCAUUAGUUAGUUCCUGGCGAGCUACGUAAAGCAGCAGUCGGCAAAGUCCGGCCCGCUGCAACAUUAGAUCUGGCCCGCGAAAGGAUUUGCCUGAUUUUUAACGAUGGGAAAAAAACUACUCGUAUACAAAAUUACUGAGCAUGAAAUUUCAUUCCGUCGUACUUGUCCAUCGAUUAUCGUAAAAUGGUCUAAAAGACUAAUCAUUACUGGGGUUUUCAGAUGCUCUGAUAAUUUUGGGACACUUUCUUGACUCUUUCUUACGGGAAUUGAACUUUAUGCACCGAGAAGUGGACCUAUGCCUUACUUUUUGGACAGGGUCAUUUAAGAUACAAUAAAUUAUCGAUCCAAUGUUUUUUUUUUCUCUAGAAAAAUAUUGUAUAUAGUGACAAUGUAAAAUGAUGCACUUUUUUAUCUCAUAAAAAUCAAACCAAAUUUUAUGUGUCUGCGGAAUCGAUGUCUACAACAUCUUUUAAAAGUAAAAUUACAUCGAUCUUGACCGUCCGUAACAGCUUUUCAAAGUCAUUGCAAGCCGCACGCACAACUUUGUUAAAACCUUAUGGAUUGGAGCUGAAUCCUGUUGGAAGGAAAAACUGCCUUUUCCCAAAAGUAUUUUAGCGCAUGGCUUUAAAUGGCUGUUGACAAUGAAAAACAAUGGCAAUUCCUCUUUGGCCGAUAUACUUCCCCAAAUCAACUCAGGUAAUGAAUUUUGAUAUCAUUCGACUGCUUGUAUAUCAUGAAGCCGAUAAAUGUUGGAACCUCAAGUUAUGCUCCAUAAAUACGAUAAUUUUACUUGUUCAAAGCUACCUCCAUAGCAAUUAUUUUUUUUAUCCAAAAAAACAAUGUUGUGACCAGCAUGCGCUUUAAGUAGCAACUGAUACUAUUACAAUUAGUUUUAAUAAUAGGAAUUACCUAUCUUUAACCAUGUUUGGAUGAUAUUAUUAUAUAAAAACAACAAUAUCACCAAUCUUAUUGCUUGAUAUUAUUAUCAGGCAAUACCAUUGAAUUCGAUGGAGUAUGACCCGAUUUUUCAUGAUGAAACCAUGUUGGUCGUCUUGGGCGUGUGUAUGACUCGGUGAAUUCAGCUGAGCAUGUUCCGAUGCCAUUACUUACUUGUACAAUUUAUUUCACUAUUUCUAUAAGAGUAAUAUUAUCUUAAAGAUACGUACGUCCUUCUAAAGCCUGUGUCAGGGUAAGAGCGGGGACUUGUCAUCAUCAUCUUUAUAUAUAGUUUGAGGAAUAGGAUAUCCUUUCAUUUGGUUGUGCUUCAUACUUUGAUGAAAAUAUGGAGCGUUAUCAUCAAGUAAACCAUGUUUCACGUUCAUUUUCAUUCGGAUAUCCAUCGGCCAGCAUAUGUGAAGUACAGUGGAACCAAGCAUUACGAGUUUAAUCCGUUGCAGCUACUCACUAGUGAUACGAAAAACGUUAUGUUUUCCUUGCACAUAACGGAGGCUCAUUUCCUUAUGUGUAAUGCGGAAGGCAGCACCGAAAAAGUGCUGGUGUAAUAGUAUAUAUGCAUCAAAAAUAUGAAAAAUGUCUUCAUAACAGUAAUGUUUGGGAAGAAAUUUGCAGCUCACUAUUUCUUUGACGUGAUUAUUGAUUUAAUUGUAAUCGUGGCCGAAUGUUUUAUUCCCUUUAAUAUUUCCCAAAACUGAAUCCGAAUUGUUUUGUACAACUAACAUGCUUGUAGAGCCUCAGAUUCGCCCAGUUGAUGCUUACGGAAAGAAAUGAUAACAAUUUAUCAAUUUUAAACGAUAUUUUAUUGGGUUGUGUCUAGGUAGAGAUUGUUGCUCAGCUGGUAGACAUUUGUUUGUAGACUUUUUUAAUACCAAUUUAGAACUUGUGGUUAAUAUUUUUUAGCUCGAUUAAAAUUUUCAACGUUUACGAUGAAUUCAUUACCAUCAACUUUGAAACGGUGAAUUCAUUACUUGUACAUCACUUAUCCUGGCAAUAGUUGUAUAUAAAACAAUUCUUAAUAUCGAAACUCUAAUUUGCAUGUUUUUCUGCUUUAGGAGCAGAAGUACUCUACAACAGUGUUCUCCAACCUAUAGUCUGUAGCGCGAAUAGAUGUGGUCCGCAUAAGAUUUUUUUUUAAAGAAAUGCUUAUUACAACACAUAUCGUUAGAUGAUUUUUCCACAAUCAAGAUUACAUUUUCAACAGGCAUGUCUAGAACAAUAUUAAACAUUUUUUAUGAAAACCAUUAAAAAUACAAAACUCAUUUUUAUUCAAGUAAAAUUUUGCGGAACGAGCAACAAAAUUUCAAUUAUUAAUACAUGAUAAUCUUAUGGUUUGGCAUGGUAUAAGGCAGCGGUCGGCAAAAUUUGCGACCGAAAGAGCAAAAUUAUACAAAAAUCUUAAACCAUGAGCAAAAAUGUGUGAAAGUUCUUUGGAAUAUAUGAACGGUUAAGACAUUGUAAUGUUGUAGGUAUGAAACAUAGAGUAGAAAAAGAGAAUGAUGGUGCGACAGAUUUGAUGUUUAGACUCGAUUCUUCCGUGGCGACCGGCCGUAGAAAUGCCGUGUGGUAUUGUGCUGUUUUAGCAUUGUUUUGGCUCUUGAUUCUAUUGUUUUACAUUAUAUUAUAUGGAACAUUGCAUUUCGCCUAACGAGUUUUUCGAGUAACGAGUCAGUCACUGUAACGAAUUAAUCUUGACUUGAACGUUUGCAUUCAAGGUUCGCAUACAAUACUAAAUCCAAAAAUCACGAAAAAUAUGGCAUUCCAUUUCAGAUGCAUUCUCAUUACUGGCAUUUGUCAUUUUCAGCUGCAAGGAAUCUUUCUUUCCAUAUCCAACGGGAAACGGAUACGCUCCGGCAACGGUUUUAUAUAUAUACUUUUAUUUGAUUUAUAUUUUCGACAAUCCUUGAAACGCGGGCGGGCUAAAUAUGUUGCAAUCAAGGCGCGAACCAACAGGUAUGAUGAUAAAGAGAUAAAGGAUAAAGCAGCAGACACGCUGCUGCUGCUCUCCAUAUGUAUGUGCUAAGAGCUGUUUCACUCGGGUGCGCGAGCUCUGGAUGGUGCUAAGCGAUGAGAAAUGUAUGGCCAUAGGUGCUGUGGCGCUUGCUGUCUCUGAGACCUGUGGGCAGUGUUUUCUGUUUUUUUUUUUUGUUUUUAUGUUUUUCAUGUUGAGAUUUACCCCGUUAUGGCUAUGUGAUGUUGUUUCCUGGACUGUUCAUGAGUGCGAGUUUGGUCGUAGGUCAUA